UACGUUACCCUGCCCUCACACCUUAAACCCCAACAAACCCCGCAGCCUGCCUCCUCUCCGGCUCGUACUCCGCUGUUCGUCUUCGUCCCGCUGCUUCUCGUUCUUCUUUUUUACGUUCUCAAGGAACCGUAAGUUUAAUCAUGCAUUGCACUGUGAAGUGUGAACACACAACAUUAACAAUAAGCCGCCACCGCCACUGAACCCGGUUACUUAUUAGGAGGAAAAGAAGGAAGCAAAGCAGCAAUUCAUUUGAUUGAGCUUUGUCCCUCGCAACGGUUAUGGUUAAAGUUUCGCUAGGCAUGCCGGGGCCAUGGGCCAACGAUUACCGCGAACUAUCUGAUUCUUAUACUACUAAAAUUGGAGGCCUCCCUGAUUGGCCCCUUCCCAAGGAAGUCAUCGAUAUGGAUUUGCUUCGCUGUGUUACAUGUGCCAGUAGCCUCUCCCUCGUUGCACAAGUUUAUGCUCCUCUAUCUCAUCAUCGCAUGCUUUUUAUUUUCGGCUGUGUUUCUCCCAAAUGCAAAACCCGUUGGCGAGUUCUUCGACUUCAGAAACUUGCUGACAUGGACAUCUCUCAACAUAAACAGCAAGUCAAAGUUCAAAAUCCCAACUCGGGGGAUGAUGAAGACGAAGAAGAUAUCGACAUUAGUUUUGAAGACCUUGGCAAGGCACUCUUUCAAGCUGGGACUAUAGCUUCUUCUAAUUCUAAAACUAAGAGCAAGAAACAAAAGAAAAAGUGCCAACACAAAUUCCCUGCAUCUUCUCCAGAUCCAGGACCAUCAACAGCUUCAGUUCAUAAUCUUAAUGAUAUUCCAGGUACAGAAAAUUUGAUUUUGAAAAUUUUAAUGAAUUUUUUACCUUCUGGCAUUAUCAUUUUUGUGUUACUACUGUUGAAAUUGGCGUGUUGGCUAUUUUCAGUGGUGCCUUGCUUUUAUAUAUACACACAGGAAGAGCAAUCUACAGGGGAUGUUAGUUCUGUAUGCUCUAGCUACUCAUCACUUUCAAUUAAGGAGAAUGGAAAUUCUGCUGAGGAUCCUUUGCAAGCAGAAGAAACUUGGGAGAAGGAGCAAUAUGAAUAUGAUAAAGCUUUGACAGCUGAUAGAACAUAUCUCAAGUUCAAGAAACGGUUGGAUGCUUAUCCGGAUCAGUGUUUCAGAUACUCGUAUGGUGGCAAUCCAAUUUUAGUUAAAGCUGAUGAAAUAAACCCUGGAAGUUGCGGGCUCUGUGGCAGACCAAGGCAAUUUGAGAUGCAACUAAUGCCUCCAUUAAUAUACUUUCUACUUGAAGCACUUGAUGAUAACCAAAGACAAAUGGUUGAAAACUGGGAUUGGAUGACCCUACUCGUAUAUACUUGUCCUGAGAGUUGCUGCGAAGAAAGUAAACAAACUAAGUCCAAUUGCAACGGAUGGAUCAUAGCAGAAGAAGCUGUUGUAGCUCAAUAUGAAGAGUUCUUGCCCAUUCAGCUGAGCUAUUUCUCAUAAUCACUCUGGGUUGAUGUAACAAAUUCAAUACGUUUCAUGCAUAUAAAAUGUGUGAAGUUUGAGAACGCAAUAUUUAAAUUUGAGAAAAUUGUAGAUCAAUCAAAGAAAAUCGAGAGAAGUGUGUAGUAUUGGGAUUGUAUUCUACAAUGAAAUUUUGGUCAGGUAAAUUUUUUGUUUUAUCUUUUGUGCCUUGAUGAAUCUUGACCUUCUUACCAACCACACCAAACUCUGCGUUUGAACUGUUGAGAACGAGAGGAUGGAUGUUGCAUCCCA